AUGUCAGGAGAGUUUUCUUGUUUCUUUUACGGUACUCUGAUUUUUCCAGAAGUUAUUAAACACGUACUUAGUGUUGGUGGGAGAGAAAAAAUCUCUGUUGAUCUUAAUUCCGGUGCUCCAGCUGUUUUAGAGGGUUAUAAACGUUUUCAAGUCCGUGGAGCUUGGUAUCCGGCCAUAGUGAAAGGCCAUGAAAAUGAUGAAACAAAAGGUGUUCUUUUUAAAGGUCUUACCUAUAAUGAUGUUUUAAAACUUGAUAAUUUUGAGGGUGAUCAAUAUAAAAGAAUAGAUGUUAAAGUAUUUGUUGAUAAUUCUUUAAAUCCUAUACCUACUCAAACUUAUAUUUGGAUUGCUUCUGCUGAUUUGUUGGAAAAUAAAGACUGGGAUCCAAAUAAAUUUAAAAAACUAAUAGAAAAUCAAUCUAUUGAUACACUUGAUUAA